GGAAAGCAUGUGUAAUCUUUGGUGAGCUUUGCGGAUGUAUGCUUCGUCGGAUUUGUAAUUGGGCCGAUGUUGACGUCGGUUGCGUUGAUGUGACGAUUGAGUUGAGUUUCAGGGCAACAAAGCAUCUUGCAAAUCGUCUAUAUAAGGUGAUGGGAUCCCCUCUGGAGUCGAGAAUCAUUCACACAACAAACAUUCAAAACCAAUCAACACAAUCAACACACACACUUUCAACCACUUUUAGCUUACACACCUUUUACUUCCACAACCUUCAAAAUGCCUAUCGGACACGUUCUCCUCCACGUCGCAAAGGCCAACUUUGCUUCCACCGUUGAGUUCUACACCACCGUCCUCAAGUCUCUGGGACUUCAGAAGCUCCCCGGCUUCCCUGAGGGCAUGGUUGGCUUUGGAACUGCUGGACCCGAGUUUGUCCUUCUCUCUGGAGACAAGACCUCCAACGCCCACGUCGCUUUCGCUGCUGCCGAUUCCAAUGCCGUUGACGCUUUCCACACCGCCGCUCUCGCUGCCGGCGCCAAGGACAAUGGCGCUCCUGGAAUCCGAGCUGGAAUUCACCCCAAGUACUACGCUACUUUCAUCCACGACCCUAUUGGCAACAACAUCGAGGCCGGCACCCUGACUGCUUGAGGGCGACUCUGAGGCGGCGCAUUGAGUGAAAGGGCUACUGAAUGAAUUGGGAAAUCUACUUGGCUCAGAUGUGCCAGCCUCAAGCAUUGAAUUAGCUCGUACAUGAACAUAGCGAUGGGUAUUUAGAAAACUUGAAUGAAAAAAACUUUUGGCC